UUUUCUUUCAUGUCGAUUCAAAAAUAGUACGAAUACGACCAUCUUUCAUCUUUCAUCUUUUUGUUAUUUUUGUGAGAAUUUAGAGAUCGUGAAUAACUUCAUUCUCUUUUUUAUCCCUCUUCAAUUCACUCCUCUCUUUCUCUCCUUCUUUCGCUCGUCUGGUGUGUGAUUUUAUCCAUAUCACGAUAAGCACCUAGGAUUCGAUAAGUUCCAUGCGACCCUCUUGAUUUAUGAACCUCAUUCCCACCCAACCUUUCUUUGGAGUUCGGCUUCCUCAUCCUAUUUCCUGUCUCCACCGUACCUCCAUAAUUGUAUCUGGGUAUACAAAUCAUUCAAUCUCACGAAUUGACUUGUCGGUGUCUCUUUCAUUUGAUCGUGUUGCUUAUCUAGUAGCCCCUCCUUCAUCAUCCCAUUGCCUUGUUUCUUUUUGGAACAAUUCGCUUUGUCAAACCCAAUCAUCAUGGCGCUAGCGAGAAAAGGAAGAGGAAGACUAAGCAAGGCCGCAGGUUCAGGACAAACUAGUAGUGUCGAAAGUAGUCGGAUACGUCGGACAAGUUCUCGAAUAUCUGGUAAUUUCUUUCCAAUUCAAAAAGAUCUGCCUGCACCUUGUAUUGACUUAUUUUAAUUAGCUGUCAUGCAAGGUUCCAAUCUUGAACUCGACGAACUUUCCUCUCCUGCACCACCACCGGAAUCGAAUUUAAGACCUUCUAUGGUCAUUGCCGAUAGCGACGAUGACGACUCCCUAUCAGAUCUUCCAUCUCCUUCCAUGAUUGGUGAAUACACAAAUGCGAAGAAGUCUCUUGAGAAAGGGAAAAGUAAAUCCGUGGGAUCUCUCGAAUCUUUGUCCUCCGUUUCUACAAGUAACGACUAUAAUGAGGCAAGUGACUACUCUACUCCAGAGACAAGUGAGGUCGCAACUCCGGCGUCUACGAGGAAUCCCCUCGUCUCUUCAACUACAAUUACCUCUGCGAGAAGAGGUCGAGCUCAAACUGCGAACCCAAUGCAAAACACUUCUUCAGUAAGCACAAUUGCUCGAGCUCGGGAACUCCAGAACAGCAUGUACUCCCUCAACCCCACGAAGAAGAGAAAGUUUGUCGAGUCUGAGGAUGAAGAAAUGUUUGAUGAUGAUACACCAGAUGCCCAGCUUGCCCGUGCUAUUCAAGAACAAGAAUUUGCGGCAUCAACCUCAUUGGUAGCUACAUCUUCACCUGGUUUACUUAGAACUCCACGCAAAGUUCAACCUGUCAACUUGACUUUUGAUCCCGACUUUAGCGAGGACGAUGAAGAUGAUGAUUCUGUUAAGCCUAGGGUCUCACGCGUGAAGAGAGCUAAGAUUGAACCGAAGGUUGAACUCUCAAGCACCUCAAAUGCUGUCAACUUUAGAACUCCCAACCGAGGAAAAAGUACUAGAUAUGAUGACGGUGAUGACGAUGAUGUCUUCAUUGCCAUUGAUUCGGAUUCGGAUAUUCCCGUACCUCCAUCCUCUGCCCCACGAAGUUCAAUCAAAAAGAAACCAAGCCGAAUUUCGAAGGUUAUCCAGAAACACUCUCAAAAUUUCCGAAAUCGUCUCAGGGCAGGAUCAGCACAGAAGGCCUCGGUCAAACAAGAAAUCGAGCUACCCCUUCCUCGUCUAAAGGCCGAAGAUACCAGGGAAUCCAACGCUAGUUCUGCUCUCACAGAUCUUCCUCCUUCUAUGUCAGAAGAGGAUUCGUUUGUUUCAGAUGAUGACUCCAUGCUUGGAACUGAUACUUCUUACGAUGAAGGUCCGAUCGCUGCUGCUACACAAUCGGUAGCCCCCGCUGUGCGUAGUGCGCAUAUAGCGCGUCAACGUAUCAAUCAUCUAGAAGACAGAUCUAGCAGACGAGCCCGUAAGGAGCGUGUGCGGUUGGAAACUCAUCAUCCUGAACUCCACACGAUGUGGAAGGAAUUGGAAGAUCUACCCAAGAUUGGAGACUGCAAAAUUGAACAACCAACAAACAUCAAUCGUGAACUUAAGCCUUUCCAGCUUCAAGGUGUUGGAUGGAUGAGAGCAAUGGAAAAGACUGCUUGGGGUGGAGGUUUGUUGGGAGAUGAGAUGGGCAUGGGAAAGACGAUUCAAGCCGUCUCAUUGAUCAUGUCUGAUUUCCCUGCCAAGCAGCCAUCACUUGUUCUGAUUCCACCCGUCGCUCUCAUGCAAUGGCAGCAAGAGAUUGCCGAUUAUACAGAUGGCACCUUGAAAACCUUUAUCUUUCACGGUAGCAAUGCUAAAGCAAAGGGCAUCACUGUUCAACAAUUGAAAAAAUACAACGUCAUUCUUAUGUCAUACAACAGUUUAGAAUCCAUGUACCGAAAGCAAGAGAAAGGUUUCAAGCGUAAGGAUGGAAUUUACAAGGAGAAGAGUCCAAUUCAUCAAAUCGAGUUUCAUCGGGUUAUUCUUGAUGAAGCACACAGUAUUAAGGUAGGAUCUUAUGUUCCCAAAUAAUGAAUUUUUCUAAUGGUUUAUCAGCAACGCAGUUCUGGUUCUGCUAAAGCAUGCUUUGCUCUCAAAGCAAGUCACAAAUGGUGUUUGUCUGGAACACCUCUGCAGAAUCGUAUUGGUGAAUUCUUUUCGCUCGUACGAUUCCUCGAUAUUCGACCUUUUGCAUGUUAUUUUUGUAAACAAUGCCCUUGCUCGACCCUCGAAUGGGAUAUGAACAGUGAAAAUCGCUGUACUGGUUGCAAUCACAGUGGCAUGCAGCAUGUCUCCGUCUUCAACCAAGAGUUACUUAAUCCUAUCCAGAAAUUCGGUAACAACGGUCCUGGAAAGGAGGCAUUUCGAAAGCUUCGUAUUUUGACUGAUAGGUUUAUGCUCCGUCGUGUCAAGCGCGAUCAUUCAUCUUCCAUGGAGCUUCCUGCGAAGGAGAUUUAUGUCGACAGACAAUUCUUCGGCGAAGAGGAAAAUGAUUUUGCUGGUAGUAUCAUGAACAAUGGUGCUCGAAAGUUCGAAACAUAUGUUGCUCAAGGUGUCUUGCUCAACAAUUACGCUAAUAUCUUUGGUCUUAUCAUGCAAAUGCGUCAAGUCGCUGAUCAUCCUGAUUUAAUUUUGAAGAAGAAUGGUGAAGGUGGUCAAAACAUUCUUGUUUGUUGCAUUUGUGAUGAAACGGCUGAGGAAGCUAUCAAAUCUGCCUGUCGUCACGAUUUCUGUCGAGAAUGUGCCAAGAACUAUUUGAGGUCUUCUGGUAGGUUACUUUUAUCCUUUUGAUGGUCUAUUACUAAAUCAUUAGAAUCUCCCGAUUGUCCACAAUGUCACAUUCCCUUGGCCAUCGACCUCGAACAACCUGAAAUUGAACAAGAUGAAGUGCAAGUAAAAAAAUCUUCCAUCAUCAAUCGAAUCAAGAUGGAAAACUGGACCUCGUCGUCGAAGAUUGAAGCUUUGGUUCAUAAUCUUUAUCAGCUUCGAUCCAAAAACUCCUCGAGCAAAUCUAUUAUCUUCUCACAGUUCACUACCAUGCUCCAACUCGUCGAAUGGCGUCUUCGUCGCGCAGGUAUCACAACCGUCAUGCUCGAUGGUUCAAUGACACCUGCUCAACGUCAAGCUUCUAUUAAUCACUUUAUGACCGACGUCAACGUAGAAUGUUUUCUCGUUUCCUUGAAGGCCGGUGGUGUCGCAUUGAACCUUACUGAAGCCAACAAAGUUUUUAUUGUGGAUCCUUGGUGGAAUCCAGCUGCGGAGUGGCAAAGUGCAGAUAGGUGUCACAGAAUUGGACAAGCCAGACCAUGCAGUAUCACCAGAUUGUGCAUUGAAGAUAGUGUCGAAAGUAGAAUGGUGUUGUUGCAAGAGAAGAAGGCAAACAUGAUUCACAGUACCAUUAAUGCUGAUGAUAGUGCUAUGGAAAACUUAACGCCAGAGGAUAUGCAGUUUCUCUUUAGAGGGAACUAGAGCUUUCACACGGAGUUUGGUAAGGAACGAUUCUAUGUUUUCGCUGUGCGAUUUCUUGCUUUUUAAAGUAUUGUACAAUACUUUCCAAUUUAGAGCUUAGUUCCCACGGUGUUUCAUUUGGCGUAGUGGAUUAGUAUGGUUACCAAUCUGGAAAGCUCGUUGCGUGUGGGUGUUGAGCAUAAUUAUUGUCUCAGUCCUUGACUAGCUUUCAUUCUCAACAUAAGAUUUAGAUUGAUUGUUUAAAAGUCUAAAACUUAUAAAAUCUCCAUGGCUUUACGAAUUAAGUGUUAAUAAAGUUCUUAUGGUCAUCUUCUCGGGACAUUACUUGAGCGAUUUUAUAUGAUUUCGUUGUAAUCGAGAGAAACAAUGAAGAAACCGUAUGAUGCUGUUCAACACACAAGUUACAUCGGCCAUUUCACCAAUUCAUUCAUUCAUUCCUCAACACACACCAAGGCCCCCAUAAGGGGUCCAAUAUUGUAUAUAUAAGACCUCUUUGAUCAUAAGUAUCACGGUGGGGGAUAGGUCUCUAGGUAAUAUGAUGAUAUUCUACAAAGGAGGAAAGAAGGUGGUGCUAGGAGGUGCACCGACUAUAUAAGAUAUGAAAGCUGUAUGCCUGUAUAGGCUAAAUAAACCCGUGACAAUAAUCGUGUUUUAUUAUGGCUUAUAUUAUUUUAUAUUAUAAAUCAUUGUUCUUUGGUUCGGGUUUCGUUGUUUGUAGAAAUUUAUAAGAGGGGAAAAAGGGAAAUUUGAAAUUUAAUAUUUGUAUUUUA